AUGGAUGGUCUAUUGCACGGCCUUCCAUCGCCUGCCGAGAUGGCUGCUAUGGCAGCAGCAUCACUACCCGUGCUCACCUCGUCCACGGCUGCUGUGGAUGGGCAUUCUUCAGCGACCACCCCCUCCCUUUCUAGUGCGAACUAUCUCAAUUGCAGUCUGAAACCUGCAAACAUCGGCCCUUCCGCUUUCCUCCUACCCUCCACAUCUACACCACACCCCUCCUCCCCCUGUUCCUCUUCGUCUUUCUCACCCACAGCCUCGGUGCUCGGCAGCUCAGCUUCACACCUCGACUUUGUGCGCUCGACUAGUCGUGCCCUGUUGCAGAAGUACCUCCAACCCUUCCACAACCAGCCUUCCAGCACGACAGAACUCCUGGCCUCGUCGAGUUCCCAGUCGAGUUGUGUGAAAUGCCCACUCUCGACUCCUCCGAGGACGGGGCCAACUUGCCAGCCCACCUACACCUUGAGUGGGCCACAGUCACAACAAAUGGGCUCGCAAUAUCAUCAGCCGAAUCAGCAUCAACAUCAGCAUCAGCAUCACUUCCAACGUGCUCAUGUCUAUACAUUAGGCCAUCAGGAGGCCUGUGGCAUGCAUCUUCCGGUACCGAUGCCUUUAUUUCAGCCCCAGUUGCCUCUGCCGGCCUUAGCACUCACAACCUCAUUGGCCCAGUCUUCUGCAACUGCCUCUCAGACAUCUGCCUACCCCUCGACCGUCUGUACUGAGCCGACUAAGCUGAACAACUGGACGGACAACGGCACAUCGGCCAACAGGUCGGCCAUCGUGAGACGACAAGCCUCAAGCUUCACCGAUGCUCAAAGCGUCGGUACCAGCGGCGUCAGUGCCGAUUCUGACACCAAGCGACGCGGACCGAUCCAGGCGUCGAGCAGCUCUGUCAGCCCGUCUGGGACUCGAGCGGAGUGCGUGAGCACGAGAACAGGCCUUGGUGAUGCUCGAGCCAACGGCACGUCUUCCGGAGGGAUGGGCGAAGUCGGCGGCGUUUCCACCCUCCAACCGGGCGUCAGGGCGUGUCCCGGCUCUCCUGUCCGUCGUCCCUACACGGAAGCUGAACUGUCGGCGGCAGUACGCGCCAUCUGCUUCGGCCGGUUGGGCACACGACGAGCCGCCAGUGUAUACGGCAUACCAAGAUCGACGCUGCGCAACAAGAUCUGCAAACUGAACGAACUCAAGCGUCGAGAAGAGGAGCGCAUGGGAGGAGUUCAGAUCAGCAUGGCCGAGUUCUUGCGCAGUCUGGUCAUCCUGCCGCCACAGCAACUGCACAGUCUGCCAAUGAAUGCCUUGGGCAACCAGCAGCCCAAUCAUGUCCAGCAGUUUCAGCACAUCCAACAUCAACAAGGACAGUCACAUCAGCAACAUCAUCAUCAUCAACAACAACAACAACAACAAGUGUCAAGCUCCGCAGGGAGCUUCUGUGAUUUGCACGAGGACCGGCCAGGACGAGUGCCGAGCAAGACGGCUGCAUCGUCGACGGGAAGAAGGCCAGGCCUACAACAGUCAGGCUAUGCGCAACGCGGCGAUUCCCUCUUUUCUGGAGGGGAGAUGAAACGGCAUCACACAGCCAUUUUGGCACAAACAGCGAGCCGUAUCGCGUCUGUAUUUCAGGUAAUUUGUGGAUUUUGUCGGUCUUUCAGUUUAUACAUUUUUCGCCAAUUUCGAGAAAUUCACAUAGCUUUUGCUGAAACCACACAAAGGACUAUAUGCUCCCCGGAAUGCAAGAAAUGUCCUAUUAAGUGUUCUAAAUCGUAUUUGCGGGAAAUCUAA